AGUUAAAUGGUAACGUUGAUUUGUUUCAACCGAGGACGCAAACUUCACACAUGACGUUUCGCGAAUUCAAGUAUGAAAGCUCCCAUCGAUCGUGUCACGAUCCCGUUUAAAGAGUGGUUAUAUCGUUUGGGUAGAUAAACAAAGGUAUUUUUUUAUUGUGCUCCAAACUGACUCGAAGAACUCACUGUGAGUUGACACAUUCGUAAUCAUGUUUCUGGCGGCAGUGAUUAUGUCCCUGGCCACGAUGAGCGUUGCAGAGCCUAUGUGUGAAGAAUCAUUGGAUGGACCGCAGUUCCAGGGACGGGCAACUUAUUUCCACGCGGCGCCUGCCAUGGCUGGUAAUGGGGCUUGUAUGCUUGCUUCGGACGACCCGAUGGUUGUCGGGAUGGCUGGUGAAAAUUACGAGAAUUCGCAGGUUUGCGGGGAAUGUAUUGAGGUCACUGGACCUCAUGGGAAUAGGUUGUGGUCAGCGUCAUAGACAUGUGUGGGUGUGAAGAAAAUGGUUUAAAUUUAAGUCAGGAAUCUUUCAGGAUCCUCGAAUCUGAUGUGAGUUUUGGGUCGAUUGACGUUACCUGGAGAGUUGUAACCUGUGACAUAGAAGGAAAUAUCAAUUAUAGGUUCCUUGAUGGGAGUUCAAAAUGGUGGUUUGGAAUACAGGCAAUCAAUCAUAAAUAUCCCGUGGCCAGAAUGGAAUUAAGACAAAGGAGAACUAACGCAUGGAUUGACCUGGAACGGAGUAACACUAAUUUCUUCAUGAAACCCACUUCUAUCUCUACAAUUGAAGCACCGUUUGAGUUGAGGUUGACGUCGGUUAACGGUUAUGUUGUGACGGAUAAUAUCGAUGCUAUUCAAAGUGAUGAACUGAUUGAGGGUACUGGACAAUUUGGAAACUGUAGAGGUGACCAUGACUGUACAAUCGAUGAACGCACAUAUUCCGGAGAAGCUACCUUCUACUAUGGUGCGGCCACCGCGGCAGCUGGAAGUGGAGCCUGUAUGAUUAAUACUGGCGGUGACCUAAUGAUCGGAGCAAUGACAGCUGCAUUAUGGGACGAAUCUCAGGCAUGCGGUGAAUGUGUUGAAGUAACUGGACCACAGGGUGACACGAUUUUCAUCCAAAUAAUUGACCUAUGUGGCGGUUGUCCAGAGGGUGAUAUAGAUCUAAGCACAGAUGCAUUUACUCAACUGGGUAGUCUCGAAGAUGGAAGAAUAGAUAUAGAAUGGAAAGUGGUAGAAUGUGUUGUUGAUGGAAACAUCAAAUACAAAUUUAAAGAUGGUAGUACAAAAUGGUGGUUUGCAAUUCAAAUUGUCGAUCAUCGUGUACCGAUUAAGUCUAUUGCCAUAAAGCCAGAUGGACAAGACACCUGGAUCGAUCUCCCUAGACAAAGCUUUAAUUUCUUCUUGCAAGAUGUGGAUGUUAUUGAUGUACCUUUUUCUAUUCGUGUGACUGGAACAACUGAUGAAGUGUUAGAAGAUCGAAUCACACGUUUUCCUUCUAGUAUGCAUGACCUUCAUGAUGGGAGUGUCCAAUUCACGACCACGUGUACGUCUGUACCAGCGACCCCCGAACCGCAAAAAACGUCAAAGGCCACAAGAAUUAUGUUAAACACAAGCUACGUCAUCGUAUUAUAUUUUACUCUUAAUAAUUGUAUAGUAUAA